UCGACGCGGUCAUCUCACAUCAUAUCACGUUUGACAUCGGAAGUUGAAGGACUUCGUCGCAACCUGAAUUCUGUACAAGCGCGGCACGAUGAAUCACAGCGGAACUUAUCCACCGCCCGCCAGGUCAUCCAAUCGCUGCGGGCUGAGAAUGAGAAUCUGGUACACAUGAGAGAAACAGAGACAAAGAUGCUGGGACGGAGAGAUAGAAAGAUCGGGGAGAUGAAAGAGCAGCUGGAACAUGAAAUUGCACGACGCAUCAAAGCUGAGGAUGCCGUACAAGACCUAGGUACACAGCUCAACGAAACAAGGCAGAGUUCGCACAAGGAGGUCGCCGACGCCAAGGAAGCUCGCGCACAUGCUGAUGCACAGUAUGCUGCAGUCACCAGUGGCUUCGAUGGGUUGCGGCGUGAGGUAGAACGGCUCCGUCAAAGACUGGAGGAGGCGCGGGCUGAGAAUGCCAAGGAUGCCGAGAAGUUGGACAUGUUGGAGAUGGUCCAUGAGAUGCAGGCGACAGCCAUCCAACGACAUGAAGAGAUUGCAAAGAGAAUGGACAUGGUGGUGAAGAACUACGGACAAGCAUCCGACGUUUGUCAAGAGAAGAUGGAGGGGCUUGAGCUCAUCCAGCAGGAAAUGGAAGAAACUCGAGAUCGAAUGCGGUGGGUAAUGCGCGUGCAG